AUGAGGCUCAGAGCAGACACACUCACACACACCUGUCAGUCGCCACAGCCAGAAGCUGCACUCUCCACUUUACGUCUUCAGGCUGCCAUCCAGAUGUCGCCGUGCAUGACCUCACACUUCUGCCUGCUGCUCCUACCAGUGAUGUCGCUGCUCCUGCUCUUCUCUCCUAUUGGCUGGAGCUACGACGGCCUCACCCCGGGGUGUCACCUACACCCCUUCAACGUGACCAUCCGCAGUGACCGCCGUGGCACGUGUAAAGGCACCCAUCUUGGCUACGCCUGCGUGGGCUACUGCGAGUCCAGCGCCUUCCCGUCCAGAUACUCGGUGCUGGUGGCCUCCAACUUCACCCACAACAUCACCUCCGCUUCACGAUGCUGCACCAUCAGCAAGGAUGCUAAGGUCAAAGUUCGCCUGGAUUGCCCUCGAGGUCGUCACCAUGACGAAAUAGAGAUCCUGACGGCGAAGGCGUGCCGCUGCGACAUGUGCCGCAAAGCCCGCUACUGACACAUCGAGGCAGGAUACCUGCAUACCAGAUGUACUCCAGGAUUAGAGACACAUUUAUUCAGUUAAGCGCGACAAACUCUGUUAAAUUAUUGAAAUACAACUCUUUUUCUAUCUAUUUAGACUUGAAUGUUGAAGAAAAUCCACUUUAACUUAUUGAACUGAAAAGGAAUCAGUUCUCUAGUUGCUGUCAAAACCGGUGUUUCCUCCAUCUGUGUUCUCAAAGAAUGAAAAGAAAAAAACAUCAAGAUCUCUGCAGAUCUA